GGAGCGACGACUCACGUUUCACCGACCGCGCAAAUGUUUCCGUUCAGCUUCGUCAACUUUUCAGUUUGCACGUAGCCGAGCUAAGACGCUCUCUAGAUCUCACAUUUAUUAAUCCUCUGCAAUCCAUCACAAAAUAAUAAGCAAUCGUUGAUGGUAUUUCCUUCCUGACAAAAAUUAAUAUUAUAGCGACGGACAGCGCGACAAAAAAGAGUUGCUGAUCAAAUACGUCGCUUCCUCUCACGCCGAAACAAGAAAGAUGGACAUGCGACCAGAGAUGCCCACGGCCCCCGCCGGGUCCCAGGUCCACCCUGGAGCCGCCGCCGCCGCCGCAGCCGCCGCCGCGGCCGCCUCCAUCCCGGCCUCCAUGGCCAGCAGCCUCCUGCGGGCACCGCCGCUGCUCCUGCGGGCCACGGAGAAGUACCCGCGCACCCCGAAAUGCGCGCGCUGCAGGAACCACGGCGUGGUGUCGGCGCUCAAGGGACACAAGCGCUACUGCCGCUGGAAGGACUGCAUGUGCGCCAAGUGCACGCUGAUCGCCGAGCGGCAGCGCGUCAUGGCGGCGCAGGUGGCCCUGAGGAGGCAGCAGGCGCAGGAGGAGAACGAGGCGCGCGAGCUGCAGCUGCUCUACGGCACCGCGGAGGGGCUCGCGCUCGCCGCCGCCAACGGCAUCAUCCCGCCGCGGCAGAACUACGAGGUGUUCGGCUCCGUGAGCAGCGAGACGAGCUCUGAUGGAAACGUGCAAAAGUUUGAGUUGUUCCCCAAAGCCCAGAUGCCGCGCUCCGUGACGCCGCAACACGCUCUCGGCAAGUCCGUGUCCACGGACAGCGAAUCCGUGCCUGGCAUUUCGUCCCCGGACGUGCGACACGGCUCCGGCUCCGAGAACGGCGACGGGGAGUCCUUCAUCAGCUCUCCUGUGUCCAAAGGUGUGAAAGACGGAGAGGAAACGCCCGGCUCCGUCAGUCCGCUCGGCUCCGACUCGGGAUCAGAGACGGAGAAAGAGGAGCAGGACCCGUCGCCGUCGCCGUCGUCCGCCGCCUCCCGCCAGAUGAACGCCAUAGACAUCUUGACCCGGGUCUUCCCGAGCCACAAGCGCAGCGUCCUCGAGCUGGUCCUGCAGGGCUGCGGGAAGGACGUGGUGCAGGCCAUCGAGCAGAUCCUCAACAACAGCGCGCAGUCCAAGGCUCCCGAGGAGUCGUGGGCGGCAGAGAGGAUGCUCCAGAGUGUGCAGUCCCCCUCAGCCUCCGCCCCGAGGCCCAUCCUACCGGGAGCCAUGACUCUGAGCAACAGGUCGGCCUUCUCUCCCCUGCAGCCCAACGCGCCGCCCUUCGCCGCCGACCCCAGCGCCUACCCUCUCGGCACCCACCUGGGCCUGAACCCUCUGCGCCUCGCCUACUCGGCCCACAGCAGAGGACUGGCCUUCAUGACCCCGUACUCCACGGCGGGGUUGAUGCCCACCCUGGGCUUCAGGCCGCCCAUGGACUACGCGUUCAGCGACUUGAUAAGAGACAGAACGAUGCUGCACAAGGAGCAGGGCUACACCAACGGACUGUACGGCCCUUUGGUGAACAACACCCCGGACAAACAGUGAGCGACUAGUCACGCUAGGGGUCCGGUCCAUGCAGGAGAUCACACAGGAGGAAGGACAUGAGAAGGACCUCAUUUGUAGGAGCAGGCGACUCUGGUGACGAUUUACCUGCUUGUACAGACUUUUCGUUUCCCCGAGUUUCACCUGUCUUGAGGAGCAUGUCAAGCCAACGUUUCUAAAUGCUGCCUAAAGCCUGCACGUCGAGAACCACGACGUAGAACUAAAUUAAAACCCUAAACAUGUCCAUUAGUGGCAAAGUUGAAAAAGCAAAAAAAAAAAGAAGAAAAAGCAGUCACAUAAUCUGAUUGAGUAACUGUUUGGAAUGACUGUGUUUCUUAAUUAUUUCUUGGUGUGGUGUUAGGUUAAACCAAAUCUCGUGUAAUCCUACAUGACAAACGCUGAUGCAACUUGACCAGUCGGAUGAGUGACAUACAUUUCUUGCAACAAAAAUAAAUUACAAACAAAUGAUCACACUCUCAGUAUCGGUCUUGAAAAUUGUGGAUUGCAGUUUGGUUAAUUCUAUAUAAAGUCAAGUUAUAGUUACCAAGUUUAUAAGGUACAUCUAAUUUCAAGGGUCAUGGUUGUUCGAUAAUUGAGAGUUCCAAGGGGAAUUUUCUUUAUAUUUUUCCUUCUUUUCCUCUUAUUUCUGUUACCAAAACUGU